GCUAGAGCUGGAAAUUCCGCUGAUGGAUUUUUUGUUGACUCGGUUCUACUUAUGCCAGUAUCCACUGAUCUACCUGAGUUUAUGGCAUUGUCUUUUGGCGAUCGAUUAUUUUUCCUUUUGACUUGCUACAAUGUGAGGGAAUCUGUACCACAAGCAUCUUCAACUUCUCUUAGUAAGGCUUGCAGAAGUCACACUAUUCUCAUCAAUGCUGCUCUUUUCAAUGGAGCACUGAACUGUAGUUGUAAUGUGGAAACAAGUUCUAGUCAACUAUGCGAGAAAUUGGGUGGCCAGUGCGCUUGUGCUCCCAAUGUUGUUACUCAAAAAUGCACUACUUGUAAUUACACAUUUUUUGGAUUUAGCGCUGCUGGUUGUGAAGGUAUAAACUUGUAA